AUGAUAGUAUUGAAAAAAAAACCAGCGAUGAGCUUCAAAAGACGUACAACCAGUAAUCCGGGAAAGCUCUGCAGAGACCCUAUAUUACCUACUUCACCAAUGGUAGACGCUCAAAUCCAGCCUGGUCUUGCAGACCUCAGGAACUAUGUCAAAGAAAACGAUAGUGAUAUUAACAUGUACCCUGUUUUCUGCUAUCUGCCUGCCAUGGAUUUAACACCACACCUGGCAUACUUGAAGCUGGCCCAAAUAAACAAUGCCGAUAGAAAGCAAUCGUUUUUGCUAGAGAGUGCCACUUCCGACAACACCUUGGGAAGGUUUUCUUUCCUCGGAACCAAUCCUCGCAAAACCAUUAACACCGGAGCCAGUCAAAACCUGGAAGUCGACCCUCUUCUGGUGCUCGAGAAGGAACUGGAAGACUAUAAACUGGCCGAAAACAUCCCGGGCAUUCCCAAGUUGAGCGGUGGUGCCAUUGGUUACGUGUCGUACGACUGUGUCAAGUAUUUCGAGCCUAAAAUCAAGCGACCACUCAAGGAUGUUUUGCAGCUGCCAGAAGCGUGUUUGAUGCUUUACGACACCAUCGUGGCCUUCGACCAUGUGUACCAACGGUUUCAGAUUAUCCACAACAUCAAUUUGUCCACUGUGGCAACUCUAGAAGAGGGCUAUGAGGAGGCGCAGAAAAUUAUCAGAGAUGUGGUGGCGACUCUCGAAGCACCGGGAACUUCCGACAACGUCGUACAACCCAAGAUCAAACUCAACCAAACUUUCUCCUCCAAUAUCGGUGAAGAGGGCUAUAAGUCGCACGUCGCGACUCUCAAGCGCAACAUCAAAGUCGGCAAUAUCAUCCAGGCUGUUCCUUCCCAGCGAGUGGCCCGCCCUACCUCAUUGCAUCCUUUCAACAUCUACAAACAACUAAGAACUGUGAACCCAUCUCCAUAUCUGUUCUACAUUGAUCUCCUAGACUUCCAAGUUAUCGGGGCUUCUCCGGAGCUGCUAUGUCAAACUGACGCCCAAAACAAGGUCAUCACCCACCCGAUCGCAGGUACUGUCAAGAGAGGAUCUACUCCAGCGGAAGAUGAUAAAUUGGCCGACUCGCUCAGAAACUCUAUGAAGGAUCGCUCCGAGCACGUUAUGCUUGUGGAUCUGGCUAGAAACGAUGUCAACCGGGUAUGCAACCCGUUGACUACCAAUGUUGACAAAUUACUAACCGUGCAAAAAUUCUCUCACGUCCAGCACUUGGUUUCCCAGGUGUCUGGGAUUCUCCGUGAUGACAAAACUAGGUUCGAUGCCCUGAGGUCCAUUUUUCCAGCCGGUACCGUAAGCGGGGCCCCAAAAGUAAAGGCCAUGGGGCUAAUUGGUGAGCUGGAGGGCGAAACGAGAGGAGUUUACGCUGGAGCGGUCGGCCACUGGUCGUACGAUGGUAAAUCCAUGGACACAUGUAUUGCCUUAAGAACCAUGGUUUACAAAGAUGGUAUCGCCUAUCUACAAGCUGGUGGUGGUAUAGUUUUCGAUUCUGAUGAGCAAGACGAAUAUGAAGAGACGCUCAACAAGAUGUUGGCCAACAAUAGAACCAUUGUACAAGCCGAAGAAUUCUGGGCCUCGCGGGUUGGAACCACGGAAUAG